AUGUCACCACUGACGUCAGUAGAAGGGAGGCAAAUUGAAGAAGUAGUCUUAAGUAUAUUUCACACAUUGCUGUUUCAUAGGACCACAGGCAAGUUUCAUUACAAGCGUGAAGGUACCUACUCAAUUGGUACUGUUGGAUUCAUUGAUAAAGACUGUGACUUCAUUGACUUCACUUUUGUACGAUGUUCAUCAAAUGAACUUGAUCAAGCCCUAAAAAGAGAAAUCUCAGCUUUCAAAGAUGGUUUAAGAAAUAGUGAAGGUCCGCUAACUGGACAGAUUACUUUAGAGUUCUAUCAGAGAAAGAAGACACGAUGGCCAUUUCCAUCUGAGUGUAUACCAUGGGAAGUAUGGACAAUAAAACUCAAUGUAGUCACACUCACCAAUGAAUAUGAAAGGCAGAUUUGCAGAGAAAAAGUGGGAGAAAUUUUAGGAGAAAAGGUUAGCCAUCAAACAUCUGGGCCUCCGAAUGCAUCAGUGGCAGCAACAAUGAGAAAACUUUUCAAAGACACACUGGCACUAUGA